AUGCCCUUGGUUCGCCCCUCGAGACUAGCUCAGUCUCUGAGAAUUUCUACACUGCUCUUCCAAGCCCGGAACUCCCAGGUGUCCGAAACCACGGCUCUCCCUCCACAACUUCAGUUGCGACGGUAUUAUGGGCGUAUGCUAAGGACCAUUGUGUCGAAGCAUGUCGCAAGCAUCACCGAUGUUGUUCGCCCGGUCCUACCUCCGGGUAUAGCCUCACUACCCAAAGAAGUCGAGAAGUUCACGAGAAUCCUCGCACCGGCGCAGAGUCGGGAAGCACAAUAUGUUCCUCGGAACAGCAUCUUCAAGCAGAAUAUUGAGGCCCCAGAAGACGACAUAUCUACAGAACCAUACUCCCCCGCCGUCACUGACACGGAUAUUCAGACCCAGGUUCGCAAACUCAUGCGCCUGGUUCCCCACCCAGUCGCAAUUAUAACAUCUACCCACCCAAAUUCGCGCGCUGAAUCCGCGUUUCGUGGCAUGACAGUAUCAUCUUUUAAUACUGUGACGCUAUACCCAGAACCAGUCGUCUCUUUCAACGUGAAAGUUCCCUCCGAAACAUACGAUGCCAUCCGCUUGUCGAAACGAUUUCUCGUACAUCUCUUAUCCUCGAACGCAGCCACCGCAAACCUUGCAAGGGAGUUUUCAAGGGGUCAUGAGAAUAUUUUGUUAGAAGAUAAGAAGCAUACAUUUCGGUUUACUUCACCUGCUUCGUUAGAUCGACUUCCAGCCAUUCACCAAGGAGAACCGCCACGACUCGUUAUUCACCAGGGAAAACUAGAUAAUUCGAGGUUUCCUGGGAGUGAUGCGCGGCCUGAUUUUCCGUUCAUACUCGAAUGUAAAUACUAUCCCUCAAGCGCACAAGUUGGAGAUCAUGUGAUUGUCUUGGGGACCGUUGUGAAGCUGUAUGGCGACGAGCCGCAGAACCAGAUGCAGGAGCCGGAUACUACACACUCGGCGGACGAGCUAUGUCUUACCUACGCAGAUACUCGGUUUUGGAAAAUGGGCAAAACUAUAAAUCCUCUCUCAAAAGUGAACCGCUCAGUCACGAAAUCAUGA